AUGAUUGCUCAUCGACUUGAUUUCAAAACCCUCUGUGGAAUAAUACCUAGGCAACGGUCAAAUAGCUUGAUCGGCUUUCACUCACUCAAAAAUGGACGCCACCACCUGUUCGACCAAAUUCUUAAGCCAAAUACCGUCUUCAUUAACCGUUCAAUGCUCAACUAUUUCCACAGAAAUUUUCCAUUUCAAGCUCUUGAUAUCUUCAAGAAGCAGUGUCAACUAGGUUUUGUCGGCAAUGUUGAUGAAGUUAAUGUGGCGCUUGCUGUCAAGGCUUGUCGCGGAGACCUGAAACUCGGUGUCCAAAUCCACAGGUUUGCUGUUUUUUCUGGGUUUAUUUGGUUCAUUACCGUCUCGAAUUAUUUGAUGAAUAUGUAUUGUAAAUCUGGACAGUUUGGAAAGGCUUUAUGUAUCUUUGAGAAGCUAAUUGAACCAGAUAUUGUUUCUUGGAAUACCAUGCUCUCGGGGUUCCCAAAGAGUGAGGAUGCGUUGGAUUUUGCUCUUCGGAUGAACUUAAAUGGGAGUGUGUUUGAUCCGGUGACUUAUUCUACAGUUCUUGCAUUUUGUUCAAGCGACGAAGGUUUUCUCUUCGGGUUGCAAUCAAAUUUGGAUUUUAUUGUGAAGUUUUUGUUGCAAAUGCACUUGUAUCAAUGUAUUCAAGAUGCGGGCAAUUAA